GUCAAAGAAACCAACCCCAUUUAAGAAUAAUAACUCUUUCAUACUUUAUAUUAUUUUCAUUUUCCUCUUCCAUUUUUUUAAUGCAAACUGUAGUAUUGAAAGUGAUGGCUUCUAUAAUCAACAUCACCACCACCUACAUUUUGUUAUGGCGACGAAGUCAUAAAGACAACACCCACCUCGUUGAUUUCCCAUCUUGCCCCACGUUUAUGCCUCUUUCACUCUCUCUGCAGGGAGAGAUAUUUAAAGGGCUGUGUUGUGGUGAUUUCUAUAUAUUUCAAGGAUGUUUCUUUCAGAAGGUCGCAAGCAUCAAGUUGUUUUCAGUUUAUGGUUUUGUUUCUAUUUGGUGCUUAUUGCUGCACAGGAUAAUAUCACUGACCCUACCGAAGUUGAAGCAUUAAAAGCCAUAAAAGAAAGGUUGAUUGAUCCUAAUGGAAAUUUGAGCAAUUGGAUACGCGGAGACCCAUGUACAUCUCGCUGGACAGGAGUUUUAUGUUUCAAUGAAACAUUAAUUGAUGGCUAUUUACACGUUCAAGAAUUGCAACUAAUGAAUUUGAGCUUGUCCGGAAAUUUGGCACCAGAAAUUGGCAGCUUAGCUUAUAUGGAAAGAUUGAACUUCAUGUGGAACAAAAUAACAGGGAGUAUUCCAAAGGAAAUUGGCAAUAUCAAAUCUCUAGUCCUCUUGCUAUUAAAUGGAAAUCUAUUAACAGGUUCACUGCCAGAUGAGCUUGGCUUUCUUCCGAACCUUGAUAGAAUACAAAUCGAUCAAAAUCAUAUAUCAGGACCUCUACCAACAUCAUUUGCAAACCUAAACAAGACAAAGCAUUUUCACAUGAACAAUAAUUCAAUUAGCGGGCAAAUCCCACCAGAACUCUGGCGAUUACCAAAGCUUGUUCACUUCCUUCUUGACAACAACAAUUUAUCAGGAUAUCUUCCUCCUGAGCUGUCCAAACUUCCAAGCCUGCUUAUACUGACCUUAGUUCCAAUCAGUUGAGUGAAUCAAUUCCUUCCGAUCUUUCACAAAACAUCACAACCAUUGAUUUAUCAAACAACGUACUUACGGGAACCAUUCCGUCCUCAUUUUCUAAUCUUCCAAAUCUUCAGAAAUUGUCUCUUGCAAACAAUUCAUUGAUUGGCAGUGUUCCUUCUACACUUUGGCAGAACAAGACUUUAAAUGGAACAGAAAGAUUUAUCUUGGAGUUGGAAAAUAAUCAAUUCACAACUGUAUCAGGCAGUAUUGAUCUUCCUCCAAAUGUCACAGUCUUGCUUCGUGGAAAUCCUCUAUGCUCAAAUAACAGCCUGGGUCAGCUCUGUAGCUCUGAAGGUGUUAACAACGGAGAUGGCCUAAUUCCAUCAAACGCCAAUGGAUUCUGUCCUGCUCAAUCGUGCCCACCACCUUACGAGUACUCUUUGGAUUGUUUCUGUGCCGCCCCAUUGCUUGUUGAUUACCGACUGAAAAGUCCCGGGUUUUCAGAUUUCCGUCCAUUUAUUAAUGAAUUUGAGAAGUACCUGACUACUGGUCUUACUAUAAAUAUGAGUCAGUUAAACUUUACUUUUCGGUGGGAGGCAGGACCUCGACUGAGAAUGAACUUGAAGUUUUUUCCUGUAUAUCUUGGUCAAAAUAGUUCUCAUACUUUCAAUGAAACCGAGGUCGCACGAAUUAAAAGCAUGUUCACAGGAUGGAAUAUUCCUGACAGUGAUUUGUUUGGGCCCUAUGAAUUGAUCAACUUCAAUAUGGGUAUUUACCAGAAUGUUACUGUCACCUCUUCAAAAUCAGGGAUAAGUACAGGAGCAAUAGUCGGCAUAGUCUUGGGAGCAAUUGCAUGUGCGGUGACGUUGUCUGCGAUUGUUACUCUUCUUAUAUUAAGAACAAAAUUGAAAGAUUAUCGUGCAGUUUCCAAACGGCGUCAUGUGUCUAAAAUCUCGAUAAAAAUUGAUGGUGUAAGGGCCUUCACUUAUGGAGAAUUAUCCUCCGCUACAAACAAUUUUAGCAGCUCUGCUCAAGUAGGACAAGGGGGAUACGGAAAGGUAUAUAAAGGUAUUAUAUCUGAUGGCACUGUUGUUGCCAUUAAACGUGCACAGGAGGGGUCAUUGCAAGGCGAGAAGGAGUUCCUUACAGAAAUAUCGUUACUAUCAAGGUUACAUCAUCGCAACCUUGUCUCUUUGGUUGGAUACUGUGAUGAAGAAGGUGAACAGAUGCUGGUUUAUGAAUAUAUGCCAAAUGGAACACUAAGGGAUCACCUUUCUGUUUCAUCAAAAGAACCUCUGACUUUUAUCACGAGAUUGAAAAUCGCACUAGGGUCAGCUAAAGGUCUCAUGUAUCUACACAAUGAAGCUGAUCCUCCAAUAUUUCAUCGGGAUGUCAAGGCCAGCAACAUAUUAUUGGACUCUAAGCUCUCCGCAAAAGUGGCAGAUUUUGGACUUUCACGGCUUGCCCCAGUUCCAGAUAUGGAAGGCAUUGUGCCUGGUCAUGUAUCUACAGUGGUAAAAGGGACACCGGGUUACCUUGAUCCAGAAUACUUCUUAACUCACAAGUUGACCGACAAGAGUGAUGUUUACAGUCUCGGUGUUGUGUUUCUUGAACUUUUGACCGGAAUGCAUCCUAUCUCACAUGGCAAAAAUAUUGUUAGAGAGGUCAAUCUUUCGUACCAAGCCGGCGUAAUAUUUUCAAUCAUCGACGAGCGAAUGGGGUCGUACCCAUCCGAGCACGUAGAGAAAUUUUUGACAUUGGCCCUCAAGUGUUGCAAUGACGAGCCAGAUAAUCGACCAAAAAUGGCAGAAGUAGUUAGAGAGCUUGAAAACAUAUGGAAUGUAAUGCCGGAAUCAGAUACAAGAAGAGGUGAAUCUGUAACCAGUGUGAGUGAUUCAAGCAAAGCAAUGAGUACACCAUCUUCAUCAUCUGCUGCUAUAAGGACUUCUUUUGUAUCAGGUGAUGUGUCUGGUAGUGACCUUGUUAGUGGAGUAAUACCAAGCAUUAAGCCAAGAUAGAAUUACACACAGGAGUUGAAAAAUAUUAGAUUUAGAUAUUAUGGUCCAUCUUAUAUGAAUUGAAUAAUGAGAUUAUUAUUAAUUUAUGUCACUAGGUUUCAUCUUCACCCUUUGUAUUAUUUUUUCUUGUACAAUCUGAUAUACUGAUAGAACAUGGGGUUGUAUAUAACAUAUCUGAUUUUUACAUCAUAUAAGCUAAUGAUUUGUUAA